AGCAGCGAAGGUGCACAUUUUUAACCAGAGAAUUCGUCACCGUUGAAGAUAAUAUGAUACCACAAGUUGUAAAGUCGUUAUCAAAGUUCAUUGUCAAUGUUUUUUUCCUUUUUUUUUUCCUCUAACCACAUAUGAUAAUUUGUUCCUUGUAGUUACUCGACCUUGACUGUACGUCACGGUAAUUGCGGAUGUAUCGAGAUAAUUGCAAGUUAUUCCAUUAGAUCCUCAGAACAAUUGUAAAAGUGUUUUUACACGGUAUACAUUUUCUUCGAAGCAUUUUCACGUACUUUCCUCGGAAAAAAAAAAACUUCGCAUAAUCUUUCUAUUUGCGUUUGUAUUAACACGACACCCUGUAUAUUUAUAAUCCAAGAAAACGUCAAUACUCAAGCAUCAAUGGAGUACAUACUAGUUUCAAAGAGAAGCAACUUUCGUUCAUCGACGCUUUCGGAUACGAACGUCGUUUGGGUACUUUCACCUCUCGGUCGAAAUCGUGUUCCCAAUAAAUCUCUGCGAGUUCUAUGAACUAUCGAUAAAAAGAAAAUUUUAACCAAUUUAACACAGAUUCGCGUACGCGAUCUGAAGUUAUUUCAUAAAAAUUAGAUAGAUGAUCUACAGUUGCAAAUUUGUCAAUUAUGCGAGGAUCGUUCAUCGACAUACUUCAACACUAAUUAUUUCUUCAGGGUUAAAUUCGAAAAGUGAUUAAUCCUAUAUUCCUGUUCAUCGAUUCCAUUCGUUGGAAAACAUGAGCCUCACCCGAUUACGCAAGGUAUCCUGCUUAUAAUCCUCGUUAAUGUUCGCCUCAUCCUCUAUUACAUACACCUACUCGCGUAACCAACAAUAUCCACAGCGUAGGAUUCGUUUUUUAUUUUUUAAAACAUAGCAGCAGAGUAGGAAACAUCUCGUCGGUAUAAAUUUAAAUGAGUUUAAUUUAAAUCGUCUGAUUACGAAAUGUAUUCGCAUGAAAAUUCAUAGGAAACCCGCGCCGGCAAGUAUGAAACAAAAUAUUUGGAGACUGUGUAUGAAUAUUAAACAUUCUUCUACUGGGUGUCUUUCUAAUUUAUGCACGUAAUUAUCGAGUUAAAAAAUGGACACGUGUUGCGAAUCGCACUGAAACAAAGUCAAUUUCUAAUAAAAAAGAAAAAAAAGGCUUCGACCAGGUUCGUUUCGCGUUUAGCGACCGAUUUACGAACAGAUUAGAAGCGUUUUGUUGAUAUUCACGUGUAGAAUAGGUCCGAUAAGGAAAGAUCAGGGGUCGGGACUGAUAAAGGUUGAUAAUGAGGCUCGAUCGGCGUAACUGGUCAGUUCCUACGGUGUCGUACGCGAGUAAACUACAAACUUCCUCGCACCGAUCCAUAUCGACAAUCAUAUUUCAGCCUUAUCAAGGCUAAUUACCAAAAAAAAAGAAAACACCACGAUGACAACGAGUCUCGCGUUCAUUCGUCAGUGUGACACGUACGAAUAGAAAUGUGUUCUCGAUACGAUAGUGAAAGGAUUGAAAAGUAUGAACAACGACGGAAAUCGUCGGGCUAGGAACUAUGGAUACGCGUUUGAUACUAUAGUGAUCGUGCCAUCUCCAGGUUCCAUAUGGGAUUAUCCAUAUUUGAAUCAGGUCAUCAGCAUGAUGGGCUUGGUCUACGGGACAGGACCGGAUUCUAAACAAGAUUUCCUCCCUCCCAACAGCCGAUUUCCACCGUCACACAUGGAGAGUCCGUCAAGGUGCGAGCUGACGAAGACCGAGGAUCAAAGCGCGGAUGAAACGGAACUUGGGGAGGUGAAGGUGUCACCUCCGACCAGUAGCGUCGCGACGUCGACGCCGGUACAACCCGGAAGCAUCCCUUGCAGGAACGGUGGUUGCAAAAGUUGGGCAAAUCGCGGUGAAUCCCGGCUAGAAAGUCCUUGGCAUUAUCUGAAAACCGUCUUCCUCGUUACCGUGAUCGUCGCAUUGGUGAUCUGGGUGAUCGUUUACACCUUCCUUACCCAGUAUCGGAUUUUGUAAACGAUUCGACGAGAACAACGAACCUAGAGACUGAUUUUGAAAGCUGAAUGUUUCGAUAAUUUUACUUUCGCGAACGACAGGAAUGAACUCGACGCGAUGAUUCGAAUGACUGCAAGAGGCAAAUUUUCGUAUUGGAAAAAUUCUAUCCAGGAUAAAUCCGUCCUUUGAAAAUUAAAUGGUUAUGAGAAUCUGUUUAAUUUCUUGCAUUUCCAGUGAAAUGCAAGAAACGAGUACUUUCUAUUCAUGAGAAUGAAGAGAUACAAGAGAAGGACACUACUUUUUCCCAGUGUUGAAGGUGUAGACAGUGUAUAAAGAGUCGUGACUUUUAUAAAGAUGUACAAAAGUAUUUUACAUCCAAAAAAUAAUGCAGGAUUUAACAAUCUUUUUUACAUUCCAAUACAUUAAUGCUAGUCUCUACUUUUUUUUUUUUAUUCUAAUUGGAUACUAUAUAU